AUGUCGUGCUGCGGUGGUAACUGUGGUUGUGGAAGUGGCUGCAAGUGCGGCAGCGGUUGCGGAGGCUGCAAGAUGUACCCAGACAUGAGCUUCACGGAGCAAACAACCAGUGAGACUUUGGUCAUGGGAGUGGCACCUGUGAAGGCUCAGUUCGAAGGUGCUGAGAUGGGUGUUCCUGCUGAGAAUGAUGGCUGCAAAUGUGGACCAAACUGCACAUGCAAUCCCUGUACUUGCAAAAUAAAGUGGUCAUGUCUUGCCCUUGAGCAAGUUCAAGUGUUGUGGACUUGUGAUGGUUUAUCUAGCCAUGGUUACUUCUUUUUAGCUGUGUGCAUUUCCAAACUCAAGCUGAGGUCACUGUUGGUCCCCUCCUACUUGAAGGAAGAGAGUUUGAGUUCCAUGUGCGGGUUUCUGAAACAUUUGGCAGAUUAUUGUGAUGGAUACUGCUACUGUGGCUCUUUCCCAAUAGCCAUCAUCAGAGAAAAUGCUUAUCAUCUAUAG